AUGGUUCCCAUACAAACGACCAUUCGUAAUGAUUUAUAUACGUUUCAUAGUCGUUCCGUAAGGGUUUCUAUGGUCACCGAAUACUUAGAGCAGCUCCGCAAUGGGCAAGAUGGUCAUAAUCCUAUCUCGAAGUUGGCAGAUCAACUUCGGGACGAAAAAGUUCGUGGUUCCGAGGAGAUUUUCACUGCAAUUCCAGAAUUGAGUACUCUUUUCAGUAAGUAUAUGAAUAUGAACGUCGCAUACCAACUGAAUAUUCUAAGAUUAAUGAUCAAUCUUCUGGCUGAUAAUGAAAAGAAUAGAAAUUCUUUGAUAGAAAGUGAUAUUAUUUGGAAUACGGUGCUCCAGAAGGUUAUUGAUAAGGAUUUGGAUCAAGUAGUACUUGAUAGAAUAUUUAUAUUUUUAACGCAAUUUAUUCGAAAUACCGAACAGAGUCAAGACCAUGCAACAUUCUUCAGAAUUCAAGGUCUAGACAAGAUAAUUAUGAGUCGCAUUGAGAGUUUUGUGCAGCACUUCGCUGGUAUAAGCCAUAAUGCGAAACAAUUCACAGAGGAUGCGGUUGUAGAUGACUACUUGGACCAAUUAGGUAAUGAAUUGGAACUAUAUGUAGAGAUGAGUAAAGGCACUAGUUUUGAAUGGGAUGAAUAUGACCUUGUCACUUUCUUAAGGCUAUUCAUGUUAGUGCUUAAAGUGGACUUUUCUGAUUACAACCCUUGUAACAGCAAAGAUAGUAGCAAAAACUUACCCUUAGAAGAGGAUGAUUAUGAAGAAGAGAGAGAGAAUGUCCUACUCUUGUUAUCCGACAUUAUCAUGAAACUUUCUCUGGUUGAUGAUAUGAACAAAAAUUGGGCUGUGACCUGCCAAAAUUUUUUACUUUUGAUCAUGAAAGAAGAAUACAAAAUUAGUUCUAUUCACACCAAAAGACAGAUUUUCGCUUCUAGUGGCAACAUAUCCUCCAUUCCUAGCUUUGAUAAUUGGCUAGUUGCUGAAGAUUGUAUAAGAAUUAUAUAUGGUAGUUUCGAUGAAAGUCCCGGCACUUACCAGGUUGCAGCAUCCUGCAUAAUACUAGGAAAUUGUGUUGAUAGUAUUACAUCAAGGCAAAAGUUAUUAGAAGGCAUAACUUAUUUUGCUUCUUCGUCCAGCUCUGCAAAUAUCAAUGGAAAGGCUUUCGUUGGGAAAAUUUGUCAUGCAUUGUCAACAUUUAACGAUGUUGUACAGUUCCAAGCUAUACACUUGUUGGUUAACAUUAUGACGGAAGAAUUGUCUAAGCAGCUCUUUUAUAUACAGGAUAAUUUUUCAGCUCUAUACAAGGCUUCCAAAGUAAUUCUAGAUAAUAAGUCAUACUAUCAAGAGAUCAGUAAGAUACUAAUCAAAUUGAUCAAAAAGUUUAUCAAAGCAUUCCCCCAGAGUUUGGGUAUUGAUUUACUAGAAAAGGUGGAAUUCUGGACGUUAUUUGCAAACUUGGAAGAUGACGAUACAGUUCUUCUCUUAGUGUUGCAAAAGGUUAUACAAAAUAAAAGAAUAUCAUAUGGAAGUGGGAAGCAGGAAGAGGACGAGAAGACAAUUUAUAAGUUAUUGUUUCAAAAUAUGGUUAAGCCAGUUGAAAGCGUUAAUUUAGACAGCUUACUAGAAAAAUUGAAAACAUUGGCAAUGGCAUUCCAAUGUGAUAAUAUAUCAAAAGUACUAGAUGGGUUAUAUACACAGGACAAUGAUGCACAGCAGAAUGCACUAAGUGAAAAAAUUUUAGCUCCCUAUUUGAAGUUUCUUGACAGCCUUUACACUUUACUCCAAAAGCCUGAAUCGGCCACUUCUGCAAUAUUACUUAACAAUUCUAAAUUCGUUGCUGCCACAACUAAGCAAUACACCGGCAUUCUAGGUGAAAAUUCCAAAAUAGUGGAAAUCUGUGAUGAGAUCUUGAAGUUAUGA